UUUCUACCUCUUAAAUCGCAUAUAAACCAAGCACUUCCAUCUCGUCCCGUCUUCUUGCUCCUGAACUCGCUGUGUAAAUAGUUAUCUAGUUAAAUUCGCCAGCAACGUCCGUGUUUCAUCCAGAGCUCAUCAUCUUCCUGGCACAGGAAAAGAAACGAAGAUAAUAAGAAAAAGCCCGGCUUGACUGCUCAUUCGUCUUUUUCCUCUCUUUUUAUAUUAAGUCAUACCGUCUCACUUGACCGGCAGGAGGUCAUCUUGUCUUUUUGUCUUCCGAGCCUUGCGGCGGCUCUACAUCCUUCGAUCGCUACCAUCAACUCCCCGUCUCUGUCUCACCCUCGUCCCUCGUUUGAAUCACGAUCAAUACGUACAGACAAGAGGCAGGGGGCCUCACUGUCAUCUAACCCCUACUCUUCCUCGUCUCCUUCUCCGUAUCGGUUGCGUGGAUGUAGGUUCGUCGUGAGCUAACUUAGGCCGAGAUGGACUUGACGGCGCAGCUCGCGUAUCUCCUCUCGUUUCUGCUUCUUCUUUCUCUGCCUCGAGCAACGGCCUUUUACGUGCCUGGAUACUCGAUACGGACAUAUCAAGACGGCCAGCGCAUCCCCGUCCUCGUCAACAAGAUCUUCUCAGACAACUCGCAGCUUCAAUAUGCUUACUCGGACCUGCCCUUUGCCUGUCCGGCCACUGCAAGGGCCGGCAGCAGCCAGAACAUCCCCCUCAACCUGGGCGAGGUGCUGCGCGGAGACCGCAUCAGCCUGUCCGACUUCGAGCUCGAGAUGGGACGGAAUGUCGCCUGCAAACCGCUUUGUACCCGUCAGAUCGGACGCAGAGACGUAAACUGGGCGAAGAGCUUGAUCUCUGACGGCUUCGUGGCCGAGUGGAUCGUGGAUAACCUGCCCGGCGCAACCAGCUUCAUCACCGUCGACAAAACUCAAAAGUACUACACCACCGGCUUCAAGCUAGGGUACCAGGCCGUUUCAUCGACCAGCCGGCGGCCGACGCACUAUAUCCACAACCACUUCACCUUCGUGAUUCGGUGGCGAGAUGCGCCGCAUGGUGGUGACGGGCAGAAAGUCAUCGUCGGCUUCGAGAUAUACCCCAAGAGCCUCAGCCGCGACGGCAGGAAGCAGGACGGGUGCCCCAGAGAUGUGCAUACCAUGCAUCAUGGCUUCGAACUGUAUCUGCAGCCCAAUAACACCCGUCUCGCACAGCAGUACCCAGGCUCAUCUUACCUGCCGGAGAAUGACGACGAGGUGGACGACGGUGCCACUCUAUCCAUCCCUUACACGUAUUCUGUCUUCUUCAAACGAGAGGACAAGGUAGAAUGGGCGAACAGAUGGGAUCUAUACCUGUACAGCCAGCAGAGCAGUACCACCACGCACUGGCUCUCAUUGUUAAAUUCCCUGGUGAUAUGUGGUGUUUUAAGUGUUGCUGUGCUGGUCAUAUACCGUCGUACUGGCUAUGGAGACUACAAAGGUCGAACAGACGGCUUGCUCGAGGAUGGCAAGGCCAGCAGGCUUCGAUCUCGAAAAUCCAGCGGCUCGGCUCCGGUUGUGGACGAGAAGUCGUCUAACGGUCUACUUGAUGGCGGUACCGGUGCCGUUUCGGACGACGACCUAUUGUCUGAAGAGGACUUUGAUGAUGCUUCGUCGUGGAAGAGACUUCACGGCGACGUCCUUCGAACGCCAGCAUAUAGUGGUCUUCUUGCGCCGUUUGUUGGAUCGGGCAUGCAGCUUCUCUUCAUGGCUACAGGGUUGCUAUCUCUAAGCUGCCUAGGAGUGCUGAACCCCAGUUUUAGAGGCGGCUUCAUCAGCGUGGGCGUCGGCCUGUUCAUCUUUGCAGGUAUAUUCUCAGGAUACUUCUCUGCUCGGCUCUACAGGACUUUAGGGGGUAUGAACUGGCGGAAGAACGCGUUCAUAACUGCCCUACUAUUCCCCGGACUAGUCUUCUCCCUAAUCUUCGUUUUGAACCUGUUCGUAUGGGCUCAGGCAUCAAGUACGGCUCUUCCAUUUGGCACAUUGGUCGGUCUACUUGCUCUUUGGCUUCUCAUCCAAGUCCCUCUCGUUUAUGCAGGCAGCUGGUAUGGCUACGAAAAAUCCAAGCCAUGGAGCCAUCCCACGCGCACUAGUUCUAUUCCACGACAGAUACCUCCACAGCCAUGGUACUCGGGAUCGCUGGGAGGAACCAUUCUUGCUGGUUUUGCUCCUUUCGCCGUCUUGUUUGUGGAAUUGGUCUUCCUGUUCCGGAACAUGCUACAGGAUAAGGGCGGAUAUUAUUACAUCUUCGGCUACCUAAGCAUAGUCGGGCUUCUGACUCUUCUUUCCAUCGCCGAGAUGGCCAUUAUAACUACCUACACUCUACUAUGCGCAGAGAACCAUCGCUGGUGGUGGCACAGCUUCAUGGUCGGCGGAAGCAGCGCAGUCUGGAUAUUUAUGUACUGCAUAUGGUACUUCUUCACAAAACUGCAUAUCCACGGAUUCAUCUCGAGCCUCCUGUUCUUCAGCUACAGUCUCCUGGGCUGUGCCGUAUACGGCCUGUUAACGGGUACCGUAGGGUUCCUGGCAGCGUACAUAUUCGUACGGCGGAUAUACAGUGCUGUCAAAGCCGAUUGAUUAUGUAGCCAUCUGCUUUUUCUCCUUUCACUGUAGAUGUUACAGGGGUGUUCUAUUAUAUCUUUCAUUUAAUACCCCUUUGUCAGGGGAUUCUAUCACUCUUACUCGGCAUAACAUCCUUCUUUACAUGCUUAAUGUUCAAUGCGUUCCAGCGUCCAAGUCCUAUGCAACAAUCAACUCCUCUUUGUGGCCUUCUUUCUCUAGCUCCCAGUUUAUUGUUCUGUUCCUUUAUACCUUUAGAUGCAUUAAUCCCGUUAAUCCUCUUUGCUUGG